AUGGACAUGCUACCGGCGUCUCUCUGGCACCGGGUGUUCCGCUGCCUGCUGCUGCCGCCCGGCUCCUCGCACCCCGACACCACUCUCAUGCGGGGCAGGCGCAAGACGCCCUGGUAUCUCACCGCCACAAUGCAACCCCCAGCGGGCAGAAACCUGCCCGUGAAAUUUGUGGACCCUGACUUUUCAGCAGCCGGGCAGCACCGGAAGAAUGUGAAAACCUAUGGCAGUGGGUGGGUGCUGCUGUGCUGCGCCAUGGUCAGCAAGAGGCUCCGCAACCUCGUCCUCUCCUUCUCCGCUCAGCACCCCAUCUCUCUGGUCUACAACAAUCUGCACCCGCAGUGGGAGAGGAGCGUCGCCUUCUUCCUCCGUCACCGCGGCCUCAAGUCCCUCGCCCUCACCUUCACGCACAUCAUGCAGCUCGACACCAUCGUGUCCCAGGACGAGUGGCCCUUCGCCUCCCUCACCUCGCUCACCCUCAAGCUGCGCGGCUGUCCGGACUACUCCCAGCUCUUUGACAGGGAGCUAGGCAAUGAAGAUGUCGUGGAGCAGGGCGAUAGGGACGACACAGUACAGGAGCACUGGUCGCACUACUACGGCUGUCCGCGUGUGCAGCGGCUGAAGCUGGGGCGCGGCAAGUGGGUUCUCUCGGACGGGUGGGCGGGGAAGCUCAAGGCGCUGCGCAGUUUGACUCUCAAGCACGUGGACUGGAGUCACAUGGAUGUCAAGUAUCUCGCCACACUCACGCCACAGCUCACGGAAUUCACGCUUUAUGAGGGCUGGGAUUUGGAUAACCCGUCCGUCGGCCCUCGUGGCAGCGGCAUUAACCGAUUCUGUUUUGACCUCUCAUCAGCUCGCGUCCUCCGGUUCUACUUCGCACAGGGCAGCCUCACGCUCUUCCUCACCCUCUCCCGCUCGCUCAAGGCCUUCUCUGCCGUGGCCAAACGGCUGGUCCUCUCCUGCAAGAGCGCCGCUCCUCUCUAUCUCGACCAACUCUCACUCUAUGGCCAGGAGCGUCUCGUCAUCUCCUCCCUCCGCCUCGCAUCUGCACGAGUGGCCUACCUCAACGGCCCUCCCAUCGACCGCCACUCCCGCGAUGAUGCCUGCUCAUCUCAAAGAACAGAUUCUUCCUCUUGGGACACCCCUGCUCCGCCCCCUGACUGGCUAAGCUUGCACCGCCGCAGCUCCUCUGAAUUCUCCUGGGUUGAAUGGCUGGGUGCUAUAGCGCGGACAGUGGAGGUGCUUAUAGUGAGGCACGGGGUGCCUGUAGAGCAGGUGGGUGCGGAGUGGAGCUGCCUGCGCAGCCUUGGGAUUGUCGUGGAAAGUGAGGAGCGGUUUGAGAGAGAUCUGGAUUUUGAGAGGCGGCGGGAUGAUGGUGAGGAGGAGGUUACAGUGGAGGAGUGUCAGGAGCGCAACCAGAGGCAGAGGCGGUUGCAGCAGCGCCGACGUCCGCAGCAGCAGUGGCAGCAGGAGGAGCAGGAGGAGGAAGAGGAAGAGGAGCAAGCAGGAAAGCUCCCUGUUAUCAAGGCUCCAAACUUGAAAACGAUCUUCUUCCCCACUCGCACCUGCGAGCAGCACACUCUUGUUGCCCUACGUGAAUCCUGCCCCUCCCUCGCCCUGUACUGCAUCGCAAGUCGCUCUUUCUACUGGGAGAAGCAUGGGAAGGGGUUGGCUGAAACUGAGGCUCCUGUGGUGCAUGUGAGGAAGGGGAGGAGCGGCGUGUCGAGCAACUGCUUUGGGGAGAGGCAGGCGAAGAAUGUGAGGGAGAAGAUGCACGGUGUGAAUAGGGAGCUGGUUGAAAGUUACAGUGUUGAUAAAGAUGAGGCUUAUAUGUUGAAGUCGAAAGGCAGCCUCUGGGGGACAUACUGCUCUUACUACCUUUAA